CCGCGUGCGUGUGUCGAUGCUCGCGAGGAGCCGCCUCCUCGGAGUCCGGACCCGCGCGCGACGACGCCUCCCCCGCGCCCGUCCCGAGCGGCGACGGCUCGUGCUGGUGGUGUCCCAUUGCUGGACCAAGAAGGGCGAGAGUGCUUUUUUGCCUUCCUGCUUCGGUCCACACUGGUGCGACGUGUGUGAGCGGUUCGCGUGACGCGCGGGAAGCUUCCGUUAGCGUGUGGGUUCCGCCGCACCACCCCUUCGCUACGUUGUGCUUGACCAGUGCGCGCUAUGUGCUAGCCACCUCGGCCCAAGACCUCUGUCCAGCGCAUCGUUCGGACAAUGCCGGCGUCGGAUCGCUAGAAUAUCUGGACGAUCGACGUUUCAGACAAACAUUGGUGUGGUGGCCAUUACCUAUUAUUUUUUUUCUUGUUUGGAAAAAUACCGUACCCCACUUCUUUCUUAUCUUGUUUUUAGAGCAAAGCAACAGUUUGUGGGAUCGUUCUUUAAGCCAUAUCAUUUAUGCAGAACUCGUCACAUCUUUAAAAGCUAAGUUGCAUAAGCAGAAAGUGAGAUAGUGCGAAGACCAACCUGGGAGCAGGUCAACGGAUACCUAGCGCACCGUUUAGUCACUUCGGCGCGUAGAUGCCAAACGAAGGCUCGCAACUUGACACUGCGUCAUUACUGAGACUGUACCGAAGCGGGAUCAAGCAUCGCUUCCGUACUUGAGAGACACUGAAUCCGAGGGACGUCGUGGAUUUCGCAUUCGACAGACCCGGGAAUAUUAACCACCGACCGUGCAGUGAAUGUGGGGUGCCCUCGCACUAUAAGACGAGUAAGCUUUCGGGGAAACCGAAAGAAGUGCGCGCAUACCGGUCGGCCUUGUUUUCAUUCUGUGUGAUCGUCGCCAUAGAGGUGAGCGUUGCCGUGUCGUGUGUGGGUGAUCCCUAGGCGCUUUCCUCGCUGGAUGCGUUGCGCACCGUCCGGCCAGCCACGCGAACAUGCCGGGCUUCGGUGCAGCAUCGCGCUGGCGCUUUCAUCUCGGCUGGCUCGUCGGCUGCUGCCUGUGGAUUUCGAGGCCCGCAGGGGCCGGUGAGUACCCGGAGAGGAGCGCGCUUGUCGGCGGCUCGGCUUCACUACCAUGCAACAUCACGCCUCCAACGCUGGACGAUGCCGUGGCGCUGGUUCUCUGGUAUCGGGGAGACUCCGGCACGCCCAUCUUCAGCCUGGACGCGCGCAACUCACCGCCGGACACUGAGCGCACGUUCGUGGACGACUCGCUCGGCUCGCGUGCCUACUUCAAUCGGACGGGCUCCAUGGCCACGCUGCAGCUGCAGCCUGUGCGGGACGUGGACGAUGGCGAGUAUCGGUGCCGAGUCGACUACAAGCGGUCCCGCACUCAGAACAGAAUCGUCCGCCUCAAUGUCAUUGUGCCUCCAGCGGAAGUCCUGAUAACAAACAGGACGGGAGAGCCAUUACGGAAUCGGCCAAUCAUCGGGCCGUUCAACGAGGGCUCCUCUCUCACGCUUGUCUGCAAAGCACUCGGAGGUCGGCCUCCACCUCAAGUCACGUGGUGGCUUGGUGGCGAGAUGGUUGACGACUCUUACUCGCCAGCGGGAGAAGGCGUGGUUCGCAAUGACCUCGUCAUAGGUAAACUGCAGCGUUCGGACCUGAUGGCCAAGUACCGCUGCCAGGCCUCCAACAACAACCAGACCGUACCUGUGUCCACAUCAGUGUCACUGGACCUCAACUUGCGUCCGCUGGAGGUGGACAUCGUGACGUCACAGCCCGUACUGUUGGACGGCCAAGUGAUUGACGUGGAAUGCCAGGCUCGUGGCGCCCAGCCCAAGGCAGCCAUACAAUGGUUUCUGGACGACGUCCCACUGAACGGCUCCACGCUAGCCACGGAUGCCACGCGCACUACGAGCGUGCUUCACCUCGAAGCACACGCCGACAUGAAUGGCAAGAGGCUCGGCUGCCGUGGUUUCAACCCGCACCUGCCCGACAGCGAGCUGUUCGACUAUUGGAUCCUGGACGUGCACUUCAAGCCGGUGUUGCAGCUCAACCUGGUGUCGCUGGAUGCGAGCAAGCAGAUCAGCGAAGGCAGCAGUGUCUACUUCGACUGCAACGUGCAGGCGAACCCUCCCGUCAAGCAAGUCGGCUGGCUCCACGAAGGAGCCCAACUCGAACCCAGCCCCGGAAUACGCAUUGAACACGUGCGCUUGGUCAUCGACCGACUGCAAAGGCACCAGGCCGGCCACUAUCAGUGCGCAGCGACCAACGAGCUUGGACACGGUGUUUCCGAGAAGGUCUUCCUCAUGGUUUACUACCCUCCCAAGUGCCGCGAGAAGCAGAAGACGGUGUACCACGUGGCACGGCACGAGAUCACUAAGGUCACGUGCGACGUCGAAGCUGACCCGCCGGACGUGCGCUUCACGUGGCGCUUUAAUAGCAGCCUCGAAAGCCUCGACAUAGUCGCCUUCAACCAGUCGGGUCCACGCAGCAGCUCGGCAUUCUACACGCCUCGCCGCAAGGCUGACUACGGUGCACUGCUGUGCAUCGCUUCCAACUCGCUGGGUCAGGGCUCGACACCGUGUGUCUUCAACAUCGUUCCCGCCGGCCCCCCGAACCCUCCGGUGAACUGCAGUGUUCCGUCCGUAACGGCCACGAGCCUGACCGUGCGCUGCGAGCGAUCGCUGCAGCCUUGGCCGCUGCCUGUGCACUUCCGGGCCGACGUGUACGUGGAAGGGAGACUGCGGGAGCGUAUCGUUUCGAACGACCCGCUCUUCGAAGUGAGCGGCCUCGAGCCGGGCUCCAGCGUCAGCCUCUCCGUCUUCUCACUCAACGAGAAAGGCAUCAGCACUGCCGUCCCUCUCGCCCUCUCCACACUCGUCUCGGUCAAGACUGAACUAAUAGGGCUCCUGCCAGGCGAGGCUGCUAUGGUGUCUGCCUCCAGUCCGCUGCUGGGAAUCCUGGUCGGCGUGUUUGCUCUCCUCGUCCUCAUCGGCAUCAUCAUCAUCGUUGUCAUGAAAGUAAAAACUGGAAAAAGGAAAUCAGCUGCCAAAAGAAGAAAAGAAGACGACAAGUCGCAUACACCUUUAAAGAAGGAAAUUGUUGACAUUACCGAAGUUGAAGACAAGUGCCCGGACAUUAUUCCACCAAGAAAUCUCGGCAUUGUUUCAGGUUCGAACUACUCAGACAUUGAAAUGAAGUACGUGGAAACGCACAUCACGGAUCGAAUUUCAUCUUACGAAAACGGGUCUGAGAAGAAGUAUCCAGAGAGUUUCACACCCACGUUAUCUGCCAACUGCUACAUGCCAAAGCAGCGUGCCGAAGACCUGACGUACGCCGAGCUGAGCCUGCCGCCGAGCACGCAGUCCACGUUCAGCCGGUCGCUGUCGCGGUCGGGCUGCCGCGCCGUGGUCAGCUCGCCCCCGCUGACGGGCCCUCACGAGCCGCCAACGGAGUACGCGGACAUCGACUUCGCGGCAACCCGUGCUCACGGCGAAGCCCGAUCCAGGGCGUCCCAAGGGGAAGCCAGCCAGCGGCUAAAGCCCAUUACCACUAGCGCCCCCACGCCUAUCGUGAGUGCCGUGUGUUCACGGGUGUGCGUGACUCCACCCUUGCUGCCCGCGUGGAAGCCACCAUCCUCCAGACUCUCCAUGUCCUCGCUGGCGAUCACCCCGCCACGCUCGGACACCGGCUCGUCCUCGGUGCCCAGCUGGACGCUAUCGGAGGCCGGUGGCACGCUGCCCCUCUGCUAAAAGCCUGAAGACCGCCUUCGCGGAGGCUCACUGCUUCGUGUGCGCGCUCGUUUCAUCCUUGUGCGCUCGCAGUGGGACAUCUCUGUGCUCGCCGCGGUCUCCACAGCCCGGAAGAUUGAAUCUCCACGAGACCUCACGGGGCGAGCGUGACUUUGGUUAAGACGACGCCAUCGUGUGCGCGGGAGAUAUUUGUGUGGAUUGCCGAGACUAUCGUCACGUUGGCACUCUCAUACAUCGUGCUUAACGUCGCGCUAACGUAACUCUGCCUGCUUGGGCCCAAACUUUUGUUUUGUUUUCUUUUUCCUCUCUUUCUCGCUGUGUGUUUCACUCAUAGCGCCAAAUGCGAAGGUCCUUCUAGGCUAUCGCAUUUGUUCGAGACGUAUCCAGUGGUGCCCUUGAGCCAUGGAGUGGCGACGGGAGUUGUUUCAUGUCCUUGUAGACACGCACGCGACUGUGCAUUGUUUAAACGCUGUAUGCGCGUCGAACAUGGGGUGCUCUUCUGCUUAGGCGAUUCACGCAUAAGAAACAACAUUGCUUUGUACAGUGAAAAGAAAACCUAAACAUAGCCUAACCCCUAUCUGAAUGAUGUGUUUUAGCGCGAUACAAUAAAGAUGCAGGAAAAGCUGACCGCUGCCGUCAGGGUAAUGUCAAUCCGUUCUUUGUUCGAACAGUCACUAGAAGGAGAGUUGUUGGUCGUUCCUGCCGCAGUGAGCGGAUCGAACGUCACACCUGCAUUCGCUCAAUGACGCUGUUGUCUAGUGUUUGCCGUGAAGUUUAUCCACGGUUUUCUUGCGGGCAUGCUGUGGCGACUAUGUGUGUGUGAAUGUUGUCAUCGCUGACUGCACAAAACCAGGCGCAAUAGAGAAACAGAAGCAUGAACUGGUUGACUUGUCUUACGGUUGCGGACAUUCUCGGUGUACAAUACAUUUUUACGGUGUUUGCCAUGCUGUAAACACAAAAAACGUGUUUUCUUGUCAGGCCUCGCGCCCUUAUAAAAAUGUUUUCUUUUUUUAGAAUAGCGAUGUACUUAGUAUGUUCCCGUCCCUCCUUAGCAGUAUCUAAUUGGUGUUUUAAACGUGGGAACAAGCCGGUUUGUCAUGCUAAGCGCUCGUUAUACCAGUGCAUUUCUUUGUCGUUAGAUUUCUUAAUAUUUUACAUAGUUCCCUAGCCCACGCAGACAGUAUGGCUCCUAGAAGGUGGUGUGUUUCCAAACAAUGUUCCUUGAGGAGUUUCUUUUACAGCGAAAGCUGUUAAGAGAUCAUUUCACCGGCCGUUUUUGGUGCCGUAGUUGUCCGCCGCCGCCGCCGCCGCCGGGGUCCGUAACCAGUAUCGCUCGAAAUAAGAAAAAGAAACGAAAUAAGAAAAAAAUUCCAGGAUGGAACGAGGUUCGAACCUGGGCCCUCUGCGUGGGAGCCCAGUAUUCAACCUCUGAGCCAUGCCGGUACUUGAAACUGCUUUGCAAAAAGUCAUGCGAACCUGGCAGAGGGCCCAGGUUCGAACCUCGUUCCAUCCUGGAUUUUUUUUCUUACUUCGUUUUUUUUUCUUAUUUCGAGCGAUACUGGUUACGGACACCGGCGGCGACGGCGGCGGACAACUACGGCACCAAAAACGGCCGGUGAAAUGAUCUCAUAACAGCUUUCGCUGUAAAACUUGGUAAAUAAAAACUUGGUGGUCGGCCGCAUGCCUCCGCUAAGUCUGAUCAAAAGUUUAUGAACGUCCCUUGUUCAUUGAUCGCCCACUAUUAGGCAUACGCAUAAGAACCGCUAGGAGCGUGCGUAAAUGCAAUGGCAUUAUUGCGUUUAGUUUCAGACAACUGUGUCCCAACACCUUCCGAAAGUCCUGUGCAAGCCUUUCGAAUCAUACCGAUAGCUGCGUGUGCGUGGGUUUGUAAUAAAAUCGGGAAAACGUGGUUCGGCUUUUUUACAUUUUCGUUGCUAAAAAUAGUCAUUUCAUUUCGAUGAACGAAAUUGCAUGGGAUGGCGUAAUACAUCUGCUUUAAUAUUGCGCAAUCCAUGCGUCAUAUUUCCCAAAAGAAUCAUAAUUUACAUAACCUUCCUUUCAUUCGCGUUUUCUUUUUGCAUCAGAGGCCUGGCGUUGUCGGAAUCAUUUCCAACUGAAUAACUGCAUUUCGAAAGCGCCAGUAACCAGGAGGUCACCAAAAGAAAUAAAUCGUGAGGCCAUCUCAGGAACUUUAUCAUGGUGCUUGCGAAAGACAGGCGAAGAUAUUUCGGCUGGCUUGAUGGUGCAUUGUUUCUGUGGUUGCUUUCUUCGCAAAUAGUAACAUUGGUGCCGAGUUGAAUAAUUUUUCCUUUCAGGUUUACGCACAGCAUGCCUGCAGUCCUGAUGAAUAAAAUAAACUUGAGCUAGAUUUUGUUUGAAUGCAUGCUGAUGUUGAAGUAUGUAUUGCCUUGCCUAAUUUGCUUCGAGUAAAAUUAACCAUGAAACUUAAGUACAAAAACGACAAGCAGCAGUUCAAUCUGUCCUUUCCCUAAGAUUUCAAAAAAAGCUCACCGAUGCUGUGUUCAAUGUAGUGCAUUUUGUUAUUAAUCACGAAAUUGGUUUUCAAAACUUUGAGUUCUUCAUCAGUACCACUUUUAACUUCUGCAUUAUUUGCCAAAUUUUGUUGAAGCUGGAUCUUGACACGCUGGGAGCAAAUUCACCAUCACCUCAACUGCACUUUUCAAAGUUUUAAACGCAUACUCAUCGUCCUCCGUGCGCAGGAAUCACGCGCUUCAACACUUAAUGCAGAACUCAUAUGAACAAACAAAAACGGGUUUGAUUGCAAGUGAAAAUAAUGUGAAUGUAUAGUUAUACUCAUCGUGAUAUUUCAACUCUGUAAGACGAAAUAUUUAUGCAACUAAUUAACAUUUUCCUACACUACAAAUGCAAGCUUUUCCCUUUGUUUUAGAAUGUUGACUUAACAUAUAUCGUCUACAUGUGCUCGAAGUGUCUUGUGUUUAUUGCUGUCUCUCUCUCUCUCUCUCGCGAUGUUAAAAAAAUCAUGAAAAAGUAAGAUAGGGACAUUUAUAAAAUAUUCUUUCCCAUCAACACACCUAGCUACUUAUAGCGCAACGUUCCAUUUUGUGUUGAAUUGUCUUUUUUUACAUCAGCUUUUAAAAAGCUUUAAACGCGGCGCAGUCGUGGUACGCAUGUUUAGCGUGAACUCGAAGCUCCGGAAGUCUCUCUAAACGUCCUUCAAUGAUCAAACACUCCAAAAAGCCUGUGUCACUACCGCCAUCCCGAAGAGAGAGCAGUAUUUCACCCGAACUUGUGCUGAUGCUACACGUUAGCUGUACAUCCUCAUAAUGUUUUGCUUCCUCUGGAGAAGCUAAACGCGGUACACAGGUCAGGCUUCGAUUUCCUGGCACUUGCUCAUUCUCACAUCGCAACUUGUUCUCGUGUUCGUGAGGACGCAUAAAGAGACCUAGUGGAAGGCGUUAUUAGGAGGGUGCGGUCCUCCUUAACCAUUCUCCCAGCUGGUAAUAUGUGUGCGCGCACCCAGACCUGGUGCAUGGUAGUGUAGUAGGAACAUGUCUCAGGAAGGUGGCUUCUUCUUUCGACUCUCUUAGAUCUUUUCCUUACACCACAAUACCACUAUCCCUCUCCCCAUCCAUACUGGAAAGUGGGUCGUUGUUUCGAUAAAGUCAGAGUCGACCCACCGCUCAUCUGCAGCCUCAAAGCACUUUCCAUGCAUUUGUAAUAUAUUCAGUCACCGCAGCCACACUGUCCCUAGCUAAAAAAUAUAGAGAAAAUGUAGACAAAGGUGCACAAAUUUUGUGCGCAGGUCACCCUGUUCUGUUGAGCCAUCUCCUUCUAAUCCGGCUUAUGUUAAAGAUCUAAAACAUGGUCAGUGCACCAGAGACGUGCUCUAUUUAUUGCUUUUCGUGUUGUUCUCCAGAAUCGUUUUGUACUUUUCGAUAGUUGAAGUAUUAAACGGGGUAAUUCGUCCUUUUCGUAUACCGUACAAUGCGGCAAUAGUGGUUGUAAAGUACAUUCGGCUCAGUGGCUUAUCAUAGCAUAACGACCACAAAAGAUAAUAUUAUCAUUUCUCAGCUUUAUCAGCUACUUGGAUGAAUUUUGUAAUGUUAAUGUGAUUGCAAAACAAGAAAGGGGCGAUAAAUUGACAACUGGCUCCAUGGGACAGAGUGAGCAAUGGCGUUUUUUAUAUACAGCGAAAACAAAACAUUAACAUGAUGUAACGUACUGUCAGUAUAGCAAAUUUAUUGUCUCUUGCUUUGCUUAGACGAAGCAACAGCUGGAGUAUUAACGUGAAAGGUUCAUGUGUCAAAGUGCCGCAUCUUAACUCCCUGAUAUUGGAGCAAGUGUCUCGUUAAAGCCUAACUUCACUUAGUUCUGGGAAUGUGAAACAUCAUCAUUUGCAAACGCCUCUAAGCGAGAACUGAACGACGCUAUCGGGAAAAAAAGUGUCACGAAAAGUAUUACUUGGAUAGCUGACUACCUCUGUCUUUUUUUAUACCUGCACACAGAGAUAUAAAGCAGUACAAUGAAGACAUCCCAUUUUCGCCUCCAUUUCAAUGUUCUAGGAUUCCCAGUAAACGGAUCAAGGGGCUUGGCGAACGAUCUCGUUCCGCGCGUCUGAUGUACCUGUAAUUGUACCUUUUCAAAUAUGUGUACUCUCCACCUGUCAGAUUUCAACAGCGUAUGCGCGCUCCUUUCAAUUGUGAGUAAGUGUAAGAAAAAAAAAACAAGACUUGCCAGACAGAGUGUCGAAGCUGAAAGGAAAACGGCACACGACAACCCAUCAUUCCAGUCAUAGUAAAUCUUCAUAGAAACAUUCAAUAUAUCAAGGUUUAACAGUAUUAGGACAAUAUAUGACAAUGGAAAACCCAUGUUUAGAGAUUGGGUCUCCUUUCCGCUAGGGUGACGACCGCCUUGACGAGACAAAGAGAUAAAGAGAGCGAAAGAGAGAGAGAGAGAGAAUAAGCAUCUUUAUUUUGAGUAUACAUCUAAGGACCGGUGCACUUAGUUCGGGAUGCCUUGAGCUCGGGCCGUAUCCUGGACCCUCGCGACCAUCCUUAACUGGAUGAGUUGGCGAAGGCUCUCUCCCAAAACUCUUUGGUGCUGUUAGGUUUGGAUGGUUUCAGCGGAGAUUGUCUGCAGUCUCUUACUAUAUGAUGAUUAGUCCCGGUUUCUCCACAGAAGCUGCACUGCGGAGAGAACUGUGUACACAACUCGGUUUACAUAGAGCUAUGUAAACGUCUGGUUCGACCAGUAUGUUAUCGUGUAGUACGUAUUAAUCAAUACAUGAGCAGGGCGAAUACACUGUAGUUAUUUGCUGAGAAUCUGGAACAUAUACGGUGACGCCAGGCACGUAAGCAUGGACCCCCCCCCCCCCCCGUAAUUCGUCCAGCCUUCUAUAUUCCCGGGCAACUUUUUUUUUUGCUUUUUGCCAUGGAAAAACUUUUUCUCGAACAAUUAGGCCUUGCCCCCCCCCCCCCUCCCCGAAAAAGAAUCCUGGCUACGUGACUCGGUGAGGCUAUAUCAGCCAUGAAGGACCCACCGUUAUCCAAACGAGAGGUUUAGUACACAGAGAGUCUUUACUGCUCUGUCAGCCUCUCGAGCGUGAUUUGCUCCUUUAUACGAACUUUCUUACUCCGUACCCUGCCUUAUGUACUACCUCUCGCCUAACAUGAAAUUUUCAUUAACCCUUUUUUGCUAUAGAAGUGUACUUCGCAGCCCCUAGCAAAAAUGUCCACGAAAUAGUAGACGCACGGAGGAAAUACAGCUUAUGAAAAAUAACAACGAGAAUUUGCGCAGCAUAAAAGCUUCUCGCUGCUCAAUGCGGGAUGACGUGCGCUUCUUCUGUUGCACAAUUUUUGCGCGUGCCGUAUGCCUGUUUGUUUUGAAAGUGCAAUUUGUCAAGCGUGUCUACAUCCAGCUUUAGCAAUAGAAAUCAGAGUAAUGAGUGUCCUCUUUCUCACAUUGUUAUAAAAUUACUCUUGGAUCAAGCUGUUUGUUUUGUAAUUGUGUUUCAAUAUGACGUAAUAUAAGGUUGAUCUGAGUUUCAUUGGAAAAGCUAUCUGUGAAUUUCUUUAUUCGUGCGGUCACAAAACCUUAAAGAGUGUGUACGCCAUUGCAUCUGCUGUUUCUCACGGGCAAGCACUGGUGCUGCCAGUCACACCCAGGGCAUGUUACAAAGCCUUCAAUGUGUUUUAUCAGACAGUCUCGUAGGGUAGGCCUCCAACACUGUGCUCCAGGCAAAGCGGACAACUCCGCGCUGAACAAUUAGAGUGCUGCAUGGUUGUUGGCCGUGAGGAUCUCGAGACCGCUUCUGAGAUAAUCCUGUCUCACGUUGGCUUCGGAUUGUACAUACUUCGAAAUGCUCAAGAAGAGUUGUCGAGUAACACGAGAACUUCAACUUUGUCUUCUUGUCACACACACAAAAGAAAUGUUUUUCUACGAUCACCUCAGAACACAAAAAGCUCGCGUGAGUUUAUUCAUCGCCCGUAAUCAAUGACAUUUAAAAAAAAAACAUCGUGAAAUUACAUCUUCUGGAACGUCGUACUCUUCGAGGUCUUUUGCAGCCAUGCUUACAAACCAAGACUGCUGAAGCCUACGAAACGGCCCCGACGGGUGACAACGCCAUCUCCGACUGAAGUGACUAUCCACACGUGCCUUUCGUUAUCAACGGUGUGAGAAACUGUACGACGGUGCAGUGAGAGGUGAAUGUGAAUCACCCAAGAGUGAGAACUGAUCGAAUGUGGUAGAGACGUUAAGAAAAAAAGUUACGCGUGUCACAUUUGAGUGUAAAACAUUGUUCUUUUUUUUUCUAAAUGUGUGACUGUACAUGUGUGAAUGUUCAGGAGCGUAGACUCCGCACCCAAAUGAAGGAGUGAAGAAGAGAACUUGAAAAAUAUCUCCUCUAAUUAUAUGUGAAUGGUUACAAAAGCUAUACUAAUUUUCGUUUUCAGUUCCUUAAAAUAAACAAAGUUUUUAAAGAGGUG